AUGGAUAACAGGACAAAUUCGCCAGUAAACUUUGUUUUAGCGUCUCUUUCGAUACUUCAUGGUUCAUUGGCUUGUGUUAUUUCACUUAUCAUAUUUAUAGCAAUUAUUGGCCAUUACUACACGAAAAAUCGAAUUAAACCGGAAAAUAAAAUUAUAUUUAUUCUAUGUGCCAAUAUUUAUUUUAUCAUAUUCUUUAGUGCAUUCAUAGUGAUAAUAUCAGAUAUUCGAAGACUGUUAGGUGAUAUUUAUGGUUACAAUUUAAAUUCAUCAUCGUGCGUAUUCAAUGGAUAUGCUAUUUGUGUGAUACUAUGCGUACUAUAUAGCAGUUUCACCAUUCAAGGCUUCUAUCGUCUUUGUCGUGUUGUAUAUUCAUCGUAUCGGCACAUGCAAACACCUAGGCUAUAUGCUUUUGCAAUACCCGUUCAAAUAAUUUAUUUUUGUAUAAUUUUCUCUCCGCUUCUUAUCUGGCACGAUAUCUCGUAUAUACCUACCGAAUAUAACUGUUUUAUUCCAGCGGCUAGUGUGCGUGGUAUGCUUUGGCUUUAUAUUCUUGGUUACGGAUUGCCAACUUGGAGUUUAUUGUUAAUGUACCUGAAGAUUUCUCGAUACAUCUAUCGUCAACCGCAUGUUCAAAAUACAGUAGACAGAAAUCGAUCUACUCGAGAUAUUGUUGUCAUUCAACGUGUUAUGAUUCUAGUUGGAAUACUGCUUUUACUUGCUCUGCCUGGUACUAUUUUACUGCUCAUUUAUUACAUUACUGGAUAUGAAUAUUCAUUCGGCUACCGUCUUCAAUCUGCUACAUUACAACUAUCUCUGUUUAUACUGAGCGUUUUGAUAGUUUUCAUGACACCACAAUUAAAGAAUAGUCUAAUGGCCACGUACCAGAAAACUCGAGUGGUUCCAAUGCAUGCUUCAGUGAGCGUAAUACAUCAAAACCGAACUCGUAUUACUCUUUCGCAAGCCCAACUUCUCGCCCAAUAA